CGGACUUAAGUUCUGGUGUUUGAUAAAAGAUCGAUUUUUAGGGGAAAAUUCAUUGCAGACUGUCUGCAAUUGAGAGAGACGCAGCACUGCCCUCUCCAGCAUGCUUCAAUCCAACUCCGAGGAUAAUUUUGAGAGCCCGACAAAAGAUAUCAAAAGGCAUGAAGACAACCUAAAAUUUUUGAAGUCACAAGCAAAUCAUUUAGAUGAAUCUAUACUUGAUCUGCAAGUGAGGCUUGGAAAGUAUCAUUCCAAAGAUUCAGCAAAUGAAAACAGUAACCUUCACCCUGAGGAAGAAUCAACACAACAGAUAUUACACCAAGAGCAAUCUGCAGCUGGUAUAUUGUGCAAGGUAAAAUCUUAUCAUGCAAUUCACGCAUCGAAUUUGUCAUUGAUCAAGGAUGUGCUGGGUAUUGUGGCUACUCUUGCCAGAGUUGAUAAUGAUACUCUUAGUAGGCUUCUCUCAGAGUACUUGGGAUUGGAGACUAUGCUGGGAAUAGUCUGCAAAACAUUCGAUGGAAUUAAGGCUUUAGAGAAGUAUGAUGGAGAUGGCAAAAUAAAAGACAUAGCCGGUCUGCAUGGUCUUGGAUCUUCAAUUGGGAGGAAAAUUGAUGGUCGAUUUACUGCAUUUUGCCUUGAAGAUCUGAGGCCAUUUGCGGGCGGUUUUAUAGCCAAUGAUCCACAAAAGAAACUUGCUCUUUUAAAGCCGAAGUUACCAGAUGGGAAGUGUCCUUCUGGAUUUCUUGACUUCAUUGUGAACAUGGUUAAUCUGGAUGAUCGGAACUUGUUUUGUGUUACUGCUGGUGGACAUGGACUUAGAGAGACAUUAUUCUAUAACCUAUUUUCUUACCUGCAAGUAUACAAGACUAGAGCUGACAUGCUUUCUGCUCUCCCAUGCAUAACUCAUGGAGCCCUGUCUUUAGAUGGUGGGAUGAUCACGAAAAAUGGUCUUUUUUUACUUGGCAGCAGGGAAAAUUUUGAGGUGAAAUUCCCAUUGAUCACUGGGAGAUCUGGUUUGUCUUUGAAUUAUAGUCAAAUUGAAACUAGGAUCAGGAAGUUGAGAUGGGAACAGCAUAAUAUUGAGCAGGAUAUGCUAAGAGAACAGCAGUUGUUGGAUAAAGCUAGGGCUGCUUCGUCAGGCAAGCCACAAGUAUGAGGCAUGCUCCGACAGAAAGCCAAACUCUUAAAAUUCAGGACAAAUUGAGAACACAAGCAGAUGAAUUUUCUUCUGAUGCUUACUUAAGAGAAUGUUCAAGUUAGAGGGACUGCGGAAGGUGUUACUUCAACUUGUGCUUUUGUCAGCAGGAAAUUGUAAAUUGUUGUUUCGUGGUCAGUUGAAGAAACACUUUUGGGAGUUUUUCACAGGCAGGGUUUGACCAAGGAAAGUACAGCUAAACGCAGAUUUUUUUAAAACGAUUAUAGUAUUUUAAAACGAUAUGGAAGAGAAUGAAUGACAGCCCUCUACUGCAGAGGGGACCGAUAUGAAUGCAUCUCUCUGAAGCUUGAAGCGCCUA